AUGUUUCUUACCGACUAUCUAAACCAUCGCCGUGACUGCCGUCUCAAGCAGCAAGAGCGCUCAGACCGCCUCAAGCCAUUCACCUCAUACCAUGGCCCGUUCAGCGUCCUGGACCGCGAGACCAUCAACAUGCCCAUCGCGGAGCUCGUCCAGGCCGUGCAGAAGGAUCCCAACAGGGCCGCCGCCAUCCUAGAGACAUACACCAAGGUAGCCGUCAAGGCACACGAAAAGACGAACUGCGUAACCGAGGUCAUGGUGCCGUCGGCGCGCGAGUGGGUGGCGGACGGGUCCGUCAACCUCAGGGGCCCGCUGGCCGGCAUCCCCAUCAGCCUCAAGGAUACCAUCAACGUGGGCGGGUAUGACUCGACAACGGGGAUGAGCCGGUUCGUGGGCAACGCCAAGCCGGUAGACGGCUCCCAUGUGCGGCUGCUCAAAGAUGCGGGCGCGAUCCCUUACGUCAAGACGAACAUCCCCAUCACCCUGCUCAGCUUCGAGUCGACAAACGACAUCUGGGGCCGGUGCACGAAUCCCUACAACGCGGCCUACAGCCCCGGGGGGUCGACAGGCGGGGAGGCCGCGCUGCUGGCCAUGGGCGGCAGGAUAGGCAUCGGCAGCGACGUGGCCGGCAGCGUGCGCGUGCCCGCCCACUUCUCGGGAGUCUACUCGCUGCGCUGCUCGACGGGGCGCUGGCCCAAGGCGGGCGGCACCACACCCAUGCAGGGGCAGGACGGCGUGCCGUCCGUCAACAGCCCCAUGGCCCGCACGCUCGACGACCUCGCCUACUUCACCCGCUCCGUCGUGGGCAUGCAGCCCUGGAAGUACGACUGCACGUGCCACCCGCUCGCGUGGCGGGCCGACGUCGAGGCCGAGUACGCCGAUCCCGCCAGGAAGCUGCGCGUCGGCGUCCUGCGCACCGACGGCGUCGUCGACCCAAGCCCGGCGUGCAGGAGGGCCUUGGACAUGGCCGAGGUCGCCCUUCGCGGCGCGGGCCACGAGAUCGUCGACGUCAGCCCGCCCUCGCCCUACGAGGCCCUCCGUCUGGCGUCCAUCCUGCUCUGCCACGACGGCCUGCGCACCGUCUUGUCCCUCCUGCGACCGGGGGAGUGGAAUGACCCCGGCACAGCGCAGAUGGUCGGGUACAUGCGUCUGCCACGGCCGGUGCGCUACCUGCACUACCUGUGGGUGAAGUAUGUCCGCGGCGACGCCGUCUGGGCCGGUCUGCUCGACAGCUGGAGUCCGAAGUCGGCCUACGAGGUCUGGGGGCUGAAUGCGAGGCGCGAGGCCUACAGGCAGGAGUGGUCCGAGUGGUGGGAUGGCGUUGACGUUGACUUCAUCCUCACUACGCCCAAUGCCACACCUGCUGUACCCCACGGUGCUAUGCACGAUGUUGUUAGUAGCUGUGGCUAUACCUUCUUGUUCAAUCUUGUGGGUCUUCUCUCCCUUUUGCAUCCUGACAUCUGCUUCUUCUUCUGCUUCUUCUUCUGCUUCUUCCCCUCCUUCCCUUCUUUUCCGAUCCUGCUCAUCGACUACACUGCUGGUAUCCUCCCCGUCACUCACGUUGACAAGAACAAGGACCAGCUACCCGACGGAUUCGACCUUACGAAGCUCAAUGGCGUAGCACAAGGUGCCUACAAGCUGUACGAUGCCGAUGCCAUGCAUGGUCUUCCAGUCGGUGUCCAGGUUGUCGGGAGGAGACUGGAGGAGGAAAAGGUGCUUGCUCUGAUGAAGAGGGUCGAGGAUGCCCUGGGCAAUGACAAGUUUCAGCUCCUCGAGGUUGACUAA